UUACAAACUCGUCAACGCAUUGUUAAACUAUUAAACGAGUUGUCGGUCUAUCUUAUCUGUACGAACGAAAGCGAAAAUUGGAGAUUGUUUCAUUCGUCAUUUCAUCGAACCAAAUCAAUUUGUCAGAAAAACAAUGUCUUCCAAGCUAAUACUGCUUCUGGUUGCCGUUUUUACUCCAACAGCUUUAAGUGUAACUUGCACUUAUUCACUAAGUGGAACGAACUAUGUUUGUUACCUCAUCGAACAAGUUGUGAACAGUGAAAAUGAUUUUGGUGUUAUUGAUGGCAUUCACGUCGGUAAUUUAGGAAACCAAAAUGUCACUGGCGUCAUAUCCAGCAAUUCCACCAUUCGUGUCUUUCCCAGUUUAUUGAUCGAUGCUUUUAUCAAUCUCAACUCGGUUACUAUAACUAACAGUAUGAUGACAUCGUUUGUGAGUUCAAUCACGAAUUGCGAGCACUUGGAUAGUAUCAGUGUCGAUCGAAGUGAUUUAGUUAACAUUCCGCAAAGAGUUUUCGAGAGAUGCACGAGGUUAAGGAAUCUAAGUUUGAUGAACAGUAAAAUUGCUACUGUUCAUGUGGAAGCAUUUAUUGGUUUAAGUUCAUUGCAACGACUUGAUCUACAACGAAAUGAAAUUGGCAGUUUGAACGAAAGUAUAUUUCGGUCACUUACUAAUCUGACCGUCAUUAAUUUGUCGAAUAAUGAACUGAACAAGAUGGAGCGACUACCUUCACUUUUUGCGACUAAUGUGAAUUUACAAUAUGGCUGGUUGGACCACAACAAUUUAACAAAUUUGGGCAAUGAUUUGUUCCUCAAUUGCAUUAACCUUGUCGGCAUUUCCUUUAUUGGUAAUCGAUUGACAGCUCUUGAAAAUGGGCUAUUUUCCACUCUCGCAGAUUUGAAUGAAUUUGAGUUGGGUCACAAUCAAAUCCAAAACCUACCUAUUUUCACCGGUGUUGGGAAACUGGCUAGACUCGAUGUUACCAACAAUGAGAUAAAAGAAAUCAAGGCCGCCAAUUUCGAAGAUUUAACGAGCUUAAUAUCGCUGACAUUGUCUUAUAAUCUAAUUGAAAAGAUUGAAAAUGGCUCUUUUAUAGGAAUGUCGUACCUCAGAGAACUAUCACUCGCUAACAACAAACUAGCGGUUCUCGAACGAGACACAUUUAUUGGCCUAGAUAGACUGGAUAUCUUGGAUUUGUCAAACAAUCAAUUAUCUUAUUUAAAUACCGAUUCAUUUAGUGAGCAACCUGUCGUUAGACGUUUCAUUUUGAAUGACAAUCAAAUUUGGGGAAUUCAAAGUAAUAUUCUCGAAAAGUUUGCUCAACUUCAACGAAUGGACUUAUUGAGAAAUGAAUGCAUGGAUAGUGUGGUCACCAUUUAUCGCUACCAGGGCGAAUCCUUUGCAUCACCUUCACUCGAUGUUUGUAUAAAUAGUGGAAUAGGGAAUCGAACUAACUUUGUGUUGAUUAUCAUUGCGCUGAGUUUUUCGUUCUUAAAGUGGUUCUAGUUCAUUAAAUGCUACUUUGGGAAGAUGAUGCCUUCUUUCCAAAAACUACUCAUGUCGGCCAGGUGCUGGAUUGUUGUGCAAAAUAUAUGUUUGUUCAGAAAAUAAAUGCGAAAUUUUUUUUUGUUAAAUUC